CCUUCGCGGACAGUCGUCGCGGUUUCCUGCUUCAACAGUGCUUGGACGGAACCCAGCGCUCGUCCCACCCCGCUGCCCCCCGCCGGCCGCUCGCAGCCUGUCCUGCACCACCGCCACCGCCUCGUUCCCAUCUCAGCCGCCGCCAUGACCACCGCGUCCCCCUCGCAGGUUCGCCAGAACUACCACCAGGACUCGGAGGCCGCCAUCAACCGCCAGAUCAACCUGGAGCUCUACGCCUCCUACGUCUACCUGUCCAUGUCUUAUUAUUUUGAGCGCGACGAUGUGGCUUUGAAGAACUUUGCCAAAUACUUCCUCCACCAAUCUCAUGAGGAGCGAGAACAGGCGGAGAAGCUGAUGAAGCUGCAGAACCAGCGCGGCGGCUGGAUUUUCCUUCAGGAUAUCAAGAAGCCAGAUCGGGACGACUGGGAGAACGGACUGAACGCCAUGGAGUGUGCGUUGCACUUGGAGAAGAGCGUGAACCAGUCCCUGCUGGAGCUGCACAAACUGGCCACUGACAAGAACGACCCCCACCUGUGUGACUUCCUGGAGACUCACUACCUGGACGAGCAGGUGAAGGCCAUCAAGGAGCUGGGUGACCACGUCACCAACCUGCGCAAGAUGGGGGCCCCCGAGUCCGGCAUGGCGGAGUAUCUCUUCGACAAGCACACACUGGGUCACAGUGACAACGAGAGCUAAGCCUUAACUAAGCUGGCUUCCCCGAGCUACCGGUGACCUCCGGGCCACCCGGGCAGUACGUGCAUGUUGGGGUUACCCUAAUGACCUUUUCUAUAAGUUCCAAAACGUCUAUUUCCGUCUUAUGAUUUGUAUCAGUCCUUCAAAUAAAGUAAUUUGGUACCCAAAAAAAAAAAAAAA